AUGCCGAUCUUGUCUGCGUCCCGAUGCUGGACCGGUGUUCAAGCAGACGUCAACGUGAUGAUGCCCGACCGACCGAUGGAUUUGCAAUUCAGCGUGGACAGCUCGACUAAUCUGCCGGUGUCGCAGCAACCUGCGGAAUUGCAGCAGUAUCUCAAGGAGUUGGAAGCUUUCCUGAAUGGGUCGGAUAGCCAGCCUAACCAGCCCAGCCCGCCACUGCAGAUACGGCAUCGAGGAGUGGACUAUCUCUUGCGCGCAAAUGCCAGCGUAAGGCAGAGCGAGGAGGAAGUCGCUGAUUCUCGCACGUCAUUCCAGAGCAUCGAGAACGACGAGGUCCCUGCGACGCGCGCGGUGUGCGAGAGCAUACUUGACUUGGAGAGCAAUCAGAAGACCAUGCGCUGCGAGGUACGCCUUCGCCUUUAG